UUAUAACCUUAGCUAUGUACUGACAAAGCCAUAGCAAUCGUUUAGCCACUCCCUGACCAGAUAAGAAAAUGUUGCUUGUAUGCAAAGACAAAAAAAAGAAGCAAUCACUACAUAAAGGGAGGAUAUGGAAUGGAGAGAUAAAAUUUGAACCAGUAUUGUUUUGCGGGACUUGCGAAGGUGUUGGAAAUGCUCGAAUUGGACUGUGGAAACCAUUGAAUAAUAAUGAUAAACUUUCGAUCGAUAAAUCGAAAAAUGUACGUAAAAGAAGGAAAAAUCAAAAUAGUACAUCAAAAAACAAAAGAAAAUCCCAAGUUGCUGGUACAGCUCCAAGGGUAGCCAGUAAACAAUCAACCAUAAAUAAACCACUUUAUAGGAUCAAAUCAAAGGAAGAAAAUUCAAAGGGCAAUUCUUCAACCAAUCAUAAAUCCAAAUAUGAUCCAAUCCAGAAAGAGAAGAAAUCACUUCCUUCAUUUGACCAUUCAAAAGAAAACGAAGAAUAUUUCCUUCGCAUCGAAUCUAGCACAAGAUCGAAUAGAUUAAAAUAUGGUAUUGAUGAUAUGAUGACUUCAGACAGAACUAGGAAAAGCCUUUUCCCCCAUAAUUUAAUUGAAUAUCAAAGCAAUAUUGAAGAAGAAAAUAAUGCGUUUAAAUCGCAUGCAUCAUCGGAUUAUGCAAACCAAAAUAAAAAUUAUAUCAUCAGUCAAUAUACGACAGAAUCCGAACCUUUAAAAAAUAUUCCAGAAGAGUUGUUGAAAUCAGAUUUAAAAAUUAUAUCAAAUAGUGAGAGUAUUUUUCUUAAUACCGAAAUUCAAUUUCCAAAUAAUGAAGGAGAAAACAAAUUAUUUAAAUCACAAAUUUCAACAGAUAAUACAAACCGAAAUAAAGAAUAUGUUAGCAGUCAAUUUACAACAGAAACAGAAGUAUCAAAAAAUAUUCCAGAGAACUCGAUGAAAUCAAAUUUAAAUUAUAUAUCAACUAGUGAAAGAAUUUUUCUUAAUUCUAUAAUUGAAUUCCCUAAUGACGAUGAAGGAGAAAAAAAAGUAUUUGAAUCACUAAUUGCAUCAGACGAUACCAAACAAAAUAAAGAAUACAUCCGCAGUCAAUUUACAAUAGAUUCAGAAGCUUUAAAAAAUAUUCCAGAGAACUCGAUGAAAUCGAAUUUAAAUUAUAUAUCAACUAGUGAAAGAAUUUUUCAUAAUUCUAUAAUUGAAUUCCCUAAUGACGAUGAAGGAGAAAAAAAAGUAUUUGAAUCACUAAUUGCAGCAGACGAUACCAAACAAAAUAAAGAAUAUAUCCACAGUCAAUUUACAACAGAUUCAGAAGCUUUAAAAAAUAUUUCCAACAACUUGAUGAAAUCAAACUUAAAUAAUUUAUCAAUUAGUGAAACAAUUUUUCCUAAUUCUAUAAUUGAUGUGUCUAACGAUGAAAAAGAAAAAAAAUUAUUUGAAUCACAAUUUUCCUCGGACAAUACAAAUCGAAAUAAAGAAUAUGUCCACAGCCCAUUUAUAACAGAAUCAGAAAUAUUAAAAAAUAUUCAAGAUAACUUGACGGAAUCAGAUUUAAAUAAUAAACAAAAUAGUGGAAGCAUUUUUCCUAAUGAUUUAAACGAAUUUCCAAAUAAUAAUGAAUCAGAAAAUAAAAACAAUAAUGAAGAAUAUUUCAGCAGUCAUGAUAUAAAAAAAUCAGAAACAUUAAACACAGAUAAAUUGAUUAAACCUGAUUUAAAUAACAUAUUGAACACAGAGGGCAUUGUUUCUGAUUUAAUUGGAUUACCGAGCAAUAAUAUAAUUUAUCCUAAUACAUCAAUAUAUACUGGUCCAAAUUCCAUGACAUUUAUUUCACUAGAAAAUUUAACAAGCGAGUCAGAUGAGUUUUACCAAAAUAUAAAGAAGAACUGGUCUUUGGACAGUUCAAAGGUAUUAAUGACUCCAUCAAAAGGAAGUGUCGCCUCAGAUAAUUCUUCGAAUUGUGAUUCGAUAAAAGUAAAUGAAAAUUCCAAUACCGCCGAUUUUAUACAACUAACAGAUGCUAUAGAAGGUAAUUUGAAUGAUAUAAUUAAUGAGCAUCAGUUUCCAGAGCAAACGGUAUUAAAACCACAAAAUGAAGAGAAAAGUAAUUUAAAUAAUUUAAGAAAUGAUCAUCAGCUUCCGGAUGAAAUAAUGGAAUUGCAACAUAGUAUAAAUAAUAAUUUAAAUGACUAUCAAUAUAAGAAUCAAACAAAGGUAAAAUUGCAAGCUGGUGAAAAUGAUAAUCAGUUUUCAAAUAACAUAAAUGUCAAAUUCGUAGUUCUAAAAAAAUCACGAGAAAAUCAAGAGACCAUAUUAGAUAGCUCAGAACAAAUUGAAAAAAACAUUUUCACUAGAAAUAAUAUUUCACCUGACUUUGAAAAUUUGAUCACUAAUACUUUACCUAAAACAUGGGAAAAAGAAAAUAAAUUAUCAACAGAUGAAAACAAAAUAGAUAAUGCAGCCAAAAUUCACUCGCUGGUUGAUGUUUUACAUGGAAAACAAUCAAAAAAUUAUGGAGUAGUAAACAUUGAAACAAAAGUUCAACUUCCAAAAGUUUCUCAGGAACCAAACAUAUCAAUUUUGAAUAAUGAGAAUUUUACUUACUCGAAUAAUUUGAUGGAAGCUAAAACAGUUAAAGAUUUAUUUAAAAAUGGAAACAUUCAAGCUUCUGACGAUAAUAUUCAAAAAGCCAUUAGAGGAGAAUCUAAAUACGAAAUGCCAUUAAAUAAUAGUGAAGAUGAAGAUAAAAAUAUUGAUUCAUCAUUUGUACCAACACAUGCUGGUCAAAAAUAUUUCAAUACUCUUUCAGAAUAUAUAAACUCACUAGCAGCAACCACAAGUAAUACAAUAACAAUGCAUGAUAAAGAAAUUUCGGAGCAUGGUUUGAAAUUUGGUUUAGAAGAAACAUCAGACAAUACAAGUAGCAAUCCUCAAAAAAAAAAUAUGGGAAGAAAAGAAGAUAUUGACGAUUGCUUUUUUAAACACAGUGAAACCAAUUUUCUAGGUUCAAGUAGAGGUUCCAAUAAUAAUUUCCCAAUAGAAUCAAAAAAACCUAAAUAUCUUGAUGAUGACUUACAAUACCAUUUAAUAUCUAAAAGCAAACAUAGCCUCAUAGAUAUGGACAGGACAUAUUCUGAAAUUGAAAAACGCACUGACGAAAUGAUAAAUAAAAUUAUGAGAGUUAAUACAUAUGAAGAACUGCUACUGUUAAUGAAACCAAAUCAAAAAACGAAAAAGGUAGAAAAAAAUGACGAGGAAGAAGCUUUAAUCACAAAGAGUCAACAGUCGCUUACGUUAAUUGAUAAAAGAGAACCAACACAUUCAAAAAAUGAGUUACUAUUUCAAUUAGGACCUGAAGGCAACCUCAGCCGACAAGAUAUAAUUCCCAGCUGUUAUAUAGACAAUAUUAUCAAAACAUUUAAAAAAGAAGUAUCUGAUAAAGAAAAACUAAACAAACAAUUUUUUUCUUCCAAUUGCAGCUUAGAUAACUCAAGCCAUAACCUACAAUCCAUCUUAACAACUCCAUCAAGCAGUUUAAAAGAUGAAAAUUUCAGGAUUAUAAGUGAAGAAAAAGAAAAAUCAAGCCUCAUAAUGAACCUAAAAAAGAAUCAAAUGCAAACAACUCAUACAGUACAAGAUUCCAUUAUUAAUGGCAGUUUAUCUAAUGAAAAUUCAACAUCAAAAAGAGAGGAAAAUAUUCAGAAUACAAAUUUAUAUUUUGCAAGUCAUGUAACAACAUCUCCUUACAUGAAUCAGCUUUCCAAGCAUAAUAUAACCAAUUUUGAAAACGAGAAGAAAAAUUCUGUUCAAGAAAAAUUCUUCAAUUGUUUUAGAAAAAUCAAUUUUUGGUCAAAAAAAAAAUCAACAACUUCCUUAAGAAAGAGUAAAAGUGACCCUAGCAAAAGUUGAAUUUAAGUAGCAUUCAGCACAAUAUCUGGUCAGGGAGGUCUUACUUUAAAAAAAAGCAUAAUAAUAAGGAAUUCAUAAAAUAAAAUGUGUUCAUAUUUUA